AGCCGUAGGCCAAGAAAUAGAGCUCUGUGGACACAUCUCCUUGUCUUCCCGGGAAAAAACAGGAUAUAUGGCAUCUAAGCAAGUUGGCAAAAAUGCCUUUUCUGUCGCGGGCCCGCGGAGCGACGGGGCUGACCAGAAACGUUAUUCAAUGAAGGCGCCCUACGGUGUCUGUUCUUCCUUGGUAGAUCGCUUGAGAAAUCCUUCGUUUCAAAUGUUCAUAUUAUCAUGUCUAUUGACGGGAAAAACAGUUGGAAGGUGAUUGCGGUCUUCCUGUGAGGACACGACGGCGAGCUGCAAUCACGCAAGAUGAUCUGGUUCGCGGUGUCUUUCGAGCAAUGUGACCCCGUGACUCUUGUGGCUCGCGAUCAGUAUCCAAUACGCAAACUCCCCUGAGAAUUUCAGCGAAAAACUGGUUUGGAUUACUGAAAAGUUUCGGCGAUGCUGGCGUCGCCAAGUCUUGAAUGCUGGAGCGUAAGGAAACGUACAACUAGCUUUCGGGAUGCGGUAAGACGCGGCGUAUAGCUGCUAGGGGAGUUGCCACGCGGCUUCUUCGUUUUCGACUCGACGACGGCGCUGAUUCCGUAUCUUUUUAGGGUUCUGAAAAACAACCGCUUUCUUCUCACAAUCGAUCUUCCUUUUUCCACUCUCUUUCGCUCGAAGCGCUUCUUUUUUUGGUCUGCUGCUUGCCCCGCCCACGUUUCUCGACAGCUCGCCAGGCCGGUUGCCGCUGUUUGCGGCGCUUCGCUACUCAACCAAGACUGUGGUCGAAACGAGCGGAGGCCGGCUCUAAGAUCUUGAAAAGAGAACGCUCAACAGAAAGGGAUGGUGUUUUGUCUUCCGGCUGACACUGUGCGGCUACUCUUGGCUCAGAAACUUUUUCUCUGGUGGGAUGAAGAACGCACGUUUCUCCCGCAGUCUUCAGUCCGUCGCUAUGUCUUUCCUCAGCUUUCCCUGAGCAAACACUUGCCUCCUGACUAGGUUGGCGUAGCGUUUGACGGUUUAUGAGUCUCGCGGGAGAGUUAGGAAAAGACGUGUUCUAACUAGACCUUCGCAUCCCCUUAAAGCGCUGGAAAAGAUCGGGGAAAACCAAAACGUUUUUCCGUUAACUCGCGGCCUUUGCUGUGGCCCUCGCGGUCGCAAGACACGGCGAGCUGUGACAGCCUGUGGCGGCCGAACGGCGUGUUCUUUCUUCCUGCCAGAGGAAACAAACGCGCAUUCGUCUUUUCCUUUUUUAUGAAAAACUGUUUAUUUAGAAUGAUCUCUUUCUCUCCGAACGAAAGCUGAUUAGCCACGCGAAAAGCACGUGCCAGGCGGUUCUGCCAGCCAAGUCGAGCGUCUAGAAAGCUAGGCGUACGCCCGUGGUACUGUUGUGUGAGUACUUUCUUAUGCAUAGCAGAGGAAGCGCGUCUUUGCAUACGGAAGGCCCAGUGCUUCCAAACUUGUUUGGUCUGCCGUGUCAGAGUCCCUUCUGCGUCUUACCACAGGUGCCGCACGCUUUCCUCCGAUCGUUUUUGUCUUGUUUCUCGACCUUCCCACGCCGAGAGACUCAAGGAGCGGCGGGUGCCCUCUCCCUUGCCUUUGUUAGGUCCUGUCCCCAACUUCACUUCUUCGGUUAUCAGGAUCGUCGCUUUUCCUCCUCUAUUUUGUGUCGACUUUGGGUCGCCACUUGCAGACCGCAUCGGUUCCGCUACUGUCUCUAGAGGUUUGUCCGUCCUAUCAAGUUUAUCCCGUCUUCUUUUUCGGCGAUGGCAUCGAGCCAGAACCUGGGUGUGAGGCUCUUGCGCACUUGUCGAUAGAAAGAGGAAGAAAAUGGGGGGCCGAGCCACCACGUCCGGCGCACGCUCUCUCGCCCUGCCCCUCCUCGCUCUCUUCAAGCCUUCCUUUGUUCUCUUGUUUUUCCUCUCUUCUGCCGUCUCAUCUGGUCUCGCCGGCUCUCGCAUCGCUGAUGGAGUGCUUCUCCCCGCCGGUCAAGAUCGUUCACGCAGUGCCCCCCCUCAAAUCAAACCCGGUGUUGGGCAUUUUGGUGAAGGCAGCCAUGGUCUGAACAUUUCCCGGACGUUUUUAGCGAACAGUGCGUCCACUUCACUGCACUCGAGUUCUACGGGUCCUUCGCGUUCUGCAGCUGCUCGGUUGUCCAGUGUCCACUCUGUCGCACCGUCUUCGACUCCCUUGUCUCCCUCGUCUCUGUUGCGGGGAUCGAAAGCUUCCCGUUCCGCAUUUCCGUCGUUUUCCUCACUACGAAAAGAAAAGCUAUCCACGAGUUCAGCGGAGAAGCAAGGCAUAGUUGACAAUUCUUUUGAAGAUGAAGGUUUGGAAGGACGUGCGCGUAAGCCCAGAGCGCCUCCCGCUGUUGACGAGAGUUUGAUAGACUUAUCUGGACACUCGGAUACACCUGAGAUGUCUCCCUCGGCAGGUGUCAACGACGUUCUUGCUCCUGCAAGAAUCUUGAAUCCGAAGCAAUUCGCAAGACAGCUGGUGGCCAAAGUUCACACUGCGUUCGUGCAACGAGAUCAACGCAUAGCAGAGGACCAGAAGGACGGGAAGGAGAACGUUGAGAAAGAGCGGAGACAGGGGUCCAGUGCCCUUCUCGGCGUCGACGAGCAGCUGAAGCAGGCCGAUCACGGUGACGUUGCCGCUGACGACGGAGAAACUGGCGAGAUAGAUGUCAACGAAGCAGAGGCUCUGAUCCCCGACGAAGAAUCCGUCGGGAGAUCAGUCUUCCUGCAGGAUGCGAGGGAAUUUGAAGAUGACGAUGGCAAGCAAGACGACGACGCCGACGAUGUGUCCAGUUCACACGACAUACGCGCUCGAGACGCACACACUUUCGCGUUCGUGCAGAACACAGACCAGACAGAAAAGGAAGAAGCCGAAGGCUCUUCCCAGGAAGACGACGACAUGGUCGGCAGUAACGAAGAGACAGGAAGCAAGUCGAAAUCCGAGGGUGGCGAUGCUUCAGAGAAGGAGGAAAAGUCAGAAAAGGGAGACACGUCAGAGCGGGGAGACAAAUCAGAGAAGGAAGACACGACAGAGAAGGAGGAAAAGUCAGAAAAUGGAGACACGUCAGAGCGGGGAGACAAAUCAGAAAAUGGAGACACGUCAGAGAAGGAAGACCAGUCAGGAAAGGGAGACACGUCACAGCAGGGAGACAAGUCAGAGAAGGAAGAAAAGUCAGAGGCGGCAGACAAGUCCGAGGCGGACACGUCGAAGAACUCGUCGAGUGCAAAAGCCGGAGUAAGUGAGAAAUUUAAGAGUGCUGCUCAACCACGUAGCCACCUAGUGCACAUUACUACUGGAUAUUUACCUAAAAUUAGAGCGUACCGUGCCACAGUCAAUCCAUCUCACAGCAGACGUAGGAAGAAGAAGAAGGAAGGGGGGUCCGAGGACACUGAGUCGAAAGCACACGAGAAACACCGGGAAGGGGAAGCACUCCCGGAACCUCGUGACUCUGAAAAGGAGUCGGAGAGCAAAGCGGAGGCAGCCGCUUCUCACAACGAACCGGGGAACGAGGGCGACGAGGCACCGGGAGACUCAGGUGAUCAAGAGCGCCAGGCUGGGGGAGACUCAGUACCCUCUCAUCCUGGCGACAACGCAGUGAACGAAUCUAGAUCCGGUGAUAAUCGCGGUGAAGCUGGAGAAACACGGGAGGCAGAAAAUGACGCUGCGGUGGGUCAUUCCGAGGACACGGGAACGGGUGAGACACCGUCGGCAGAGGGUCACCAUGGGGAGGAGAGUGGCGCUGAGACGGUUGUUCCAUCGGACCCGCGUGAAGAGAUGGGCAUGGCAGAAGCAAGGUCAGCUAACAGCCCCGAAGAGAACACUGCGGAGGCCACCGGCGGCGGCGCUUCUCCCUACCGUGAAGAAGCGGAGACAAUAGUACAACCAUACACUGACGCCCGCCAAGGAGGCAACAAUGAUGCCAGUGCUGCCUCGCCCGUAGCUCGCCAUGACUACACAGAAGGUAGUCAAGCAUCGCCAGCUUCCAGACCCGAUGACAAUGCACGAGCGACAGGAAGCGACUCGUCGCCUGUGUACCGUGAACAUGCCUGGUCGGGCGAAGCACCUGCUGGUGAGGGUCAACAAGAAUACACGGGUGGUGCUGGAUAUGCUGCGCCUGUAUCUCAUCAUGACCAGACAGAAGCGAGUCCAGCCCGGUCAGUGACCACCCCCGAAUGGAGCGCACAGGCGACCGGGAGCGAACCACAACCUGGAGAGGGUACAGCACGCGACCAGGAACAUGUCGACAAUGCUUCUGCUGACCGUCAAAAUGCCGAGGCGGAAGGCAAUGAAGCAAAAUCAGAGGGCAGCCCCGAAAACAAUGCACAGGAGACACAUGAGACCGGGAGUGAACCACAGCCUGGAGAGGGUACAGCACGCGACCAGGAACAUGUCGACAAUGCUUCUGCUGACCGUCAAAAUGCCGAGGCGGAAGGCAAUGAAGCAAAAUCAGAGGGCAGCCCCGAAAACAAUGCACAGGAGACACAUGAGACCGGGAGUGAACCACAGCCUGGAGAGGGUACAGCACGCGACCAGGACCAUGUCGACAAUGCUUCUGCUGACCGUCAAAAUGCCGAGGCGGAAGGCAAUGAAGCAAAAUCAGAGGGCAGCCCCGAAAACAAUGCACAGGAGACACAUGAGACCGGGAGUGAACCACAGCCUGGAGAGGGUACAGCACGCGACCAGGAACAUGUCGACAAUGCUUCUGCUGACCGUCAAAAUGCCGAGGCGGAAGGCAAUGAAGCAAAAUCAGAGGGCAGCCCCGAAAACAAUGCACAGGAGACACAUGAGACCGGGAGUGAACCACAGCCUGGAGAGGGUACAGCACGCGACCAGGAACAUGUCGACAAUGCUUCUGCUGACCGUCAAAAUGCCGAGGCGGAAGGCAAUGAAGCAAAAUCAGAGGGCAGCCCCGAAAACAAUGCACAGGAGACACAUGAGACCGGGAGUGAACCACAGCCUGGAGAGGGUACAGCACGCGACCAGGACCAUGUCGACAAUGCUUCUGCUGACCGUCAAAAUGCCGAGGCGGAAGGCAAUGAAGCAAAAUCAGUUACCGGGCCAGACGGCGGUGCACAGGCAAAUGGAGGUGAAUCGGCGGUUACUCAACAUAAGCAGGCCAGCGCGGGUGAUAGUGAGGGUCGACAAGACUACAGGAAUGGUGCCGGAUAUGCUUCGCCCGUAGCUCGCCAUGACCACGCAGAAGCGAGCUUAGCUCGGUCAGCAACCACCCUCGAGGGGCGCGCACAGAACACAGGUACACCGGCGUCUGCUCAACGUGAGGAGACAAAACCCAGACCUGCAGCGGUCGAAGACGUAAGCAAGAAUAAGGAACCCGAGAUCGAAGAGGAACCAAUCCACCUCCAACACACAGGGACCAACGCAAACAUAGGACACACGAACGCUACUUCCGCGAAUCACCAGCCCACCACAGAGGCCGAAGGCGGUUCAGCAGAUGCUCACCACGGUGGAGACGAGCAGAAGGAAGGCGAGCACGAGCGUGCGCCUGGUGAAGGGGGUCAUGAGGCAGAAGGCGGUUCAGCAGAUGCUCACCACGGUGGAGACGAGCAGAAGGAAGGCGAGCACGAGCGUGCGCCUGGUGAAGGGGGUCAUGAGGCAGAAGGCGGUUCAGCAGAUGCUCACCACGGUGGAGACGAGCAGAAGGAAGGCGAGCACGAGCGUGCGCCUGGUGAAGGGGGUCAUGAGGCAGAAGGCGGUUCAGCAGAUGCUCACCACGGUGGAGACGAGCAGAAGGAAGGCGAGCACGAGCGUGCGCCUAGUGAAGGGGGUCAUGAGGCCGAAAGCGGUUCAGCAGAUGCUCACCACGGUGGAGACGAGCAGAAGGAAGGCGAGCACGAGCGUGCGCCUGGUGAAGGGGGUCAUGAGGCAGAAGGCGGUUCAGCAGAUGCUCACCACGGUGGAGACGAGCAGAAGGAAGGCGAGCACGCGCGUGCGCCUGGUGAAGGGGGUCAUGAGGCAGAAGGCGGUUCAGCAGAUGCUCACCACGGUGGAGACGAGCAGAAGGAAGGCGAGCACGAGCGUGCGCCUGGUGAAGGGGGUCAUGAGGCAGAAGGCGGUUCAGCAGAUGCUCACCACGGUGGAGACGAGCAGAAGGAAGGCGAGCACGAGCGUGCGCCUGGUGAAGGGGGUCAUGAGGCAGAAGGCGGUUCAGCAGAUGCUCACCACGGUGGAGACGAGCAGAAGGAAGGCGAGCACGAGCGUGCGCCUGGUGAAGGGGGUCAUGAGGCAGAAGGCGGUUCAGCAGAUGCUCACCACGGUGGAGACGAGCAGAAGGAAGGCGAGCACGAGCGUGCGCCUGGUGAAGGGGGUCAUGAGGCCGAAGGCGGUUCAGCAGAUGCUCACCACGGUGGAGACGAGCAGAAGGAAGGCGAGCACGAGCGUGCGCCUGGUGAAGGGGGUCAUGAGGCAGAAGGCGGUUCAGCAGAUGCUCACCACGGUGGAGACGAGCAGAAGGAAGGCGAGCACGAGCGUGCGCCUGGUGAAGGGGGUCAUGAGGCAGAAGGCGGUUCAGCAGAUGCUCACCACGGUGGAGACGAGCAGAAGGAAGGCGAGCACGAGCGUGCGCCUGGUGAAGGGGGUCAUGAGGCCGAAGGCGGUUCAGCAGAUGCUCACCACGGUGGAGACGAGCAGAAGGAAGGCGAGCACGAGCGUGCGCCUGGUGAAGGGGGUCAUGAGGCAGAAGGCGGUUCAGCAGAUGCUCACCACGGUGGAGACGAGCAGAAGGAAGGCGAGCACGAGCGUGCGCCUGGUGAAGGGGGUCAUGAGGCCGAAGGCGGUUCAGCAGAUGCUCACCACGGUGGAGACGAGCAGAAGGAAGGCGAGCACGAGCGUGCGCCUGGUGAAGGGGGUCAUGAGGCCGAAGGCGGUUCAGCAGAUGCUCACCACGGUGGAGACGAGCAGAAGGAAGGCGAGCACGAGCGUGCGCCUGGUGAAGGGGGUCAUGAGGCAGAAGGCGGUUCAGCAGAUGCUCACCACGGUGGAGACGAGCAGAAAGAAAGAGGGGGUGAGGGCUCUGCUGAGGAGCAAGAACGCGGUUCUGGAGUUGCGUGGGAGGCGGCAGUGCAUCCGCAUGAACAGGGGAGAGUAACGGAAGCAGAGGGCGAAUCGUCUCGCGUUGAAGAGGAACACGAGGCCGGAGGAGCGCCAGUGCAUGCGCACCUCGGCAAUGAAGGAGGAAACGAAGUGGGACUGUCUCUCGGUGACCAGAAACAAGGUAGUGGAGGAGAGUCUUCCUCAUCUCAAGCUGGUCACGCGAAGACAGAGGAACGGAAGUCAGGGUAUUCGCAUCAUGGGCCUGAGACUGAAGAGGAUACCGCAUUUUCACACUCUGGGGGCGGAACGGGAGAUGAAAGGGAAACAAGGCGUUCUAAUAGUGAACAGAGGAAGGAAAGAACGGAGGAGGGAGGAGCAAGGGAUCAGCCUCAGAAUGAGAAGAAGACGGAAGAGCAACAUGCACAGAAGCAGGAGGAACAACAUAAACGUGAUAUCGCUCUCAGCAAACAUCAAGAAGCUGAGGAGAAUCGUCGACAUGCGGACGUGCUGCUGCAACACCAUCAUCUCGGGCAAGGCGGGCCUCGUGGACGCACGGCCGUGACGUCGCAUUCGCACAUGCAUGUGCAAGAUGUGACUCAGCACCACCAGUUGCAGGAGGCUACGCAGAUGGCGGGGAAGUUGACCCGCCACUUACAAAUUCAGAACUCUCUGAAGCUGAGAGAAAUGUUUUUGAAGCGCAAGGAAGUUGGCCACCUCAAUUUGCUCAAGCACUUUCAGGAUCUGAUGCAGGCAGUUGUCUCGAGAAUCUACAGUAAACUCAAGGGGGCCAAGCGCUCGCUCAAACGCAUGUAUUCCCACAGUCGCUCGAUCAUCAAACGAUUCCUGCAUGAGACCGACCACAAAGUCGUGCGUCCAGAGGAGCUACCGUCUGCGGUGCUGACGCCCCCGGAUGAAGGCAAUGUGCUGGGGAAGACAACAAACGGAAUAGUCAUGGACUGCCCCACAGAUUGCAAUCCGGCUGCAUGCGAUAACAAGCCCGUAGAGCCAGCUCAGUGCUUCAAAUACGAAGCAGUUGCCGGUGGCGGAGGCUUUCGGCGGUGCGAGCCGUUUGCGGAUCCUCUGACUGCGACAUGUGGAAAAGGAUUCACUAGAUGUGCAAUGGCGGCGCCCACGCGCGGCAAGCACUACCAGAUGUUUGCCUCGCCUCCAGAUCACCCUCUCCCUCAGCCUCUCCUCAUUCAAGGAAGCAACUUGCACGCCUGCUUGCGCCUGCUGCCUGUUCACCAAGCGACCAGGUGCAGCCCGGAGAGUGCCGAGACGGUUGAGGCAGCUCUGAAGGAUACCCAGGCAGUCGCGCAACAGCCUCCUCCUCACGUUUUGGAACAAGCCGUUCUCUUUGAGAAUAUCCAGGUCCCGAUGCCAGGGUCGUAUAAGCUGUGCAUGCUCCAAUAUUGGCGACCUCCUGACUCGAAACCCACCGACAACGUAUUCAUCAUGGGAAUCGACGAGAUAGGCACUCUCGAUGUCCUACAGCAGCCUGACGCAGAAACGUUAAAGCAUGUGCAAGGACUGCAUAAAAAGGAUUCACAAAUGCACUAAAUAGUUUCGGGUGGAUAAACGGUAGCAAAACAAAUGUUUCUUCUUCUCAUCAAGAGUCAGCGAUGAAGGGCACAACACAAGAAUCGCCAGCCCAGCUCGUUGUAAUUGUACCGUGCCUGUCUAAAUUAUGUCGAAUUGUCCGGUAUUCGUGCUUCUUCGAAUACGAAGGACAUGAAUGAAUGAGGGAUUGCCUGAUGACUUAUAUCAACUGGCCACACGUGGGAACGGGACGUCUGCACAAUUAGCUGUUAACCUGCAAUAGCGGGGCCAUCCGUUGCCUUCCUCGGGAGAUUGGCCUGGUUCAUCCCAUAUUCGGAGCACCGCCCGCGGUUGCUUACUGACAAACGUGAAUCAGAAUACGAUAUCUCUGCCUAAAGGGAGAGCGACUUUGGGCCACCUUCCCCUUGUCGUUAUUAAAAGCAGCUGUGUUGUGGCGUCUGAAAGUAUCGUGCCGCGUCGCUUGGGCUCCUUUGGGGAAACGAAAGCCGUUGCUAGCAUAAACGAAGACUCUGAGAAGAGGUUCAGCGGUGCAGAUCUUGUGCCCUUUUUCACGACAAACAGGGAUUUCUUCGGUUUGGAUGCUGGGUACAGCAGAGGGAGUUUUUCGUGUGUAUGGCAUGAGUUAGAUGGCAAAAGGGCAGCGAAGACUGAUGCCAGGCCAGUUCCAGCGGCGAAAUAGAAGAAAAUCCCCUCAAGCUCUACGUUUUGCCUCGAUAUUCGAUUUGUGGACAACUUAACGCCAGCCUAGAACUGCCUCCUGAUAAUGUUUUUUCCCGACUUGGGUGUCGUACGAGUACAGCAAUUGGUAAGUGAAGAAGCGCUCCAGUGAGGAGAGAAGCGAAAACCUACCACCACAGCUGGAAACGCUCCAUGAUAGCGAGUGUUUCCUGUCGAAAGCUAACUCAAAACUUCCCCC